AUGUUUUUUACUUUUUUAAUUCUUUCAUUAGCAACAGCCCAUGUUGAAUCCGCUGGAAGAUUCGGCAAGUCUACGCCGUGUGUUUUCACCCCGCUUAAUUUAACUAAAUUUAGAAAUAGCAUCGAUAAAUAUUUUUAUUCUGACUUGGAAACUCAUUUUCUGGGUUUUAAUUUCACCUUUGUCAAUGUCUCGGACGCCAACUUUUUACAUCGCAUAAGUAGAAAAAGAUGGUUUCGAGCUGAAAAUCAAGGAAGCGCUCUACUAUACUUUGCUUACAAAUAUGGCGACGAAUCUUUUCGCUAUUUCUUAGACAUAUCUUACGAUACCAUACAUGUGGAACUAACGGUAACCCCACCAGAAUGCUACAGCAACAGUGUGGAAGAUGUGGAGUCGAGUUUUGUGAAAGAUUAUCUGUUAACAGGUUUCAACAAAACUGAUAACAUUGAAGAUCAAACGUACAAUAAAACAAGUGUACAGAUUUGCCAAACGAAGUUGGAUGAAGAUGAUACAUUAAUAUGGGACGAGAUAAGUUGCUGCGGCUACAACCACAAGACAAUUUAUACUUGCUUGAAGAUUGGCGAAAACAAAUAUAUGCCGCCUUUUAUCGGGCUCUCUGUUACCUUAUCUGUAAUACUGUAUUUGUGGUUUCUUUUCUGGCGCUUAAAGGGUUCGCGAAGUAAAGAAUGUACUAACGUUCUCGGGCUUAAUUUUUCCCCAAACGAUAUUAGUGUUGUGCAAGAGAAUCAAAGAACAGUCAUCGAUAUCUUCACCGUUAAAACCUCUAAAAUUAUGAUCGCUGGUGGUCCCAUCGAAGACUCGAUUUUUCAACUAAUAAAGCAGUACAUCAAAAUGCAUAUUUUUAAACGUCUAAGGAAAGAUGAAGCAAAAUUUGAUUGCAAAUGUUUUUGCAAAUGCCUACUCAUUUUAUUUCACUUUAUAUUGAAGCGAAGUGUUUAUUACUUACCUAUUUACCUUGAUUUUUUUAAAACACAAAAUCGAAAAAUGUUCUACUUUUUCUUGCCCGCCGUUUUCUUAGAAAUUGUGCUUAAAUUAUUAUUGCGUUUUUGUGGUAAAGUGAAUGCAGAAGGCAAGAACUUCUCAAAGAAACUCAAUGAAGUAAUUAACAAGUGCAACAAUUGGGCAAGAUUUAAAGAGAUUAUUAAGUGUAAUUGUAAAACAAACAAUGAAAUAACUAACGAGAGCUCAGAAAAUGGAAGGAAGAAACAAAAAAAAUGCAAAUCUACCUGCCUAUCUAUUUUGGUGAUUGUUUAUUAUCUACUGAGAGAGAGUAUUAUUGUUCUAAGCUUUUAUAAUUCUGCACGAUUUGCAACACUUCUCAUAGUCAAGCUGCUAAUGGACUUUGACUUGACAAGCAAAUAUAUUCCUUUAACUCUUGUAGGCAUAUUUUACUUAAAUGACAAAUGUAAAAUUAUCAAGAAUAAGUAUAGGGUUUUUAACCAAAAAAUUAUCGAUGUCUUAAAUGAACGAAUCGAUAAAAAUGGAAUUCAAUUUCAAAAGGCUGAAGACGAAAACACGAUGGUAGGAUAUAUACUAAAUUCAGAAACUGGAGCUGAUAAUCAGCAAAGAGUGGAAAGCAUCAAGAAACAUGUCAUGAUCUUUGUUGACCAUCAAGGAAUUGUCUCUAUUUCCAAGAUAUUCAUCUUUCGAUGUUGGGAUAUGAUGGACAAUCGUGGCUCGCCUGGUUAUCUACUGUGGCAAUGUUUAUUGGCACUCUGGGAUGUGAUUGUGAUCGCCAUAGGCCUAGCCUACAUAUUUAUCCUGCUAGUCAUUUGUGACAGAAUAUACUUCAUGACUCCAGAAAACCAGCUACUUAUCAUCACAGCAUCAGCUUUCAGUCCAUUAAUGAUUAAAUGUUUUGUAGCCAGCGCUCCGGUACCCCAUCCAGUCAACACGUCGCCCAGCAGAUUUUACGAAGGUCUACUCUCUGUAAUUAAAUCUUUUAAUCAGGAUUGGUAUAAAGUACCGCAGCCUAAAGCAAAUGAGGAGGCUCCAUUUAUAAACAGUACAGAGUCAAACCAUUAGGCUCAGAAGCAUCUGAUCAUUGUUGCUGACAUGGACCGAAAUCGUUUGUUUAUCCAACUCCCCUUUUAUAAAACAAUUAUAAAUAAAGCUGAAAAAAAGAGAAUUUUUUAUAUAUUUUCAGAAACUAUAUUAUAAAUUUUGCAAUGCAGAAAGUUCAAAACUUCUUUUUUUUUAACUUUGAGGCUGAAUUUCUAUCUAGGGACCUAUUUAUCUGAUAUGUAUUGCACUGAAUUUAUGCUUCCUAGGUCCAGGCAAUUCUUAAUUAUUAAAACGUUUUUACUUCA